CUGCUCGACGUGCUGUUGCUGCAGGCUGAAGCGAGCGUCCUGCUCGGAUCGGAGGGAGACUAGAGGAGCUCAGAUUAGUGUUGUUGUAUCGGGAAAUACCUCCGCUGUGGUUUCAUAAACUGCAACCUCUUGAUUUAAAAAAAAAAACGCCUCCGUUUGCUCUCAGGUUUGACCAAGAGCAAGGACCGCGCAUAAAGGGAUGUAAACAGGAUGUUUUUUUCUCACACUGCGAGAAGUUUGUACGCGCAGUUUGAAGAGUAACGUUAGUUUCGGGUGGGCUGAUUGAGCUAGCCCGGCUGCCCGCUGCGCUUCCCUCCUGCCCCGGCCAGCCAGUCACGAGUUAGCCCGCUGUCUUCUUCCAGCUGUUGGGGAAUAAUGGCGCUCAGAGCCAGGGCGCUGUACGACUUCCACUCUGAAAACCCCGGGGAGGUGUCGGUGAGGGAGAACGAAGUCCUAACUUUGUACAGCGAACAGGACAUCGAUGGCUGGUUUGAGGGGACGAAUAGCAAAGGGGAGAGGGGACUGUUCCCCGCUUCCUACGUGGAGAUCCUGAGGAACGACGUCGCUUCCACGUUCAACAACAACAGCUGCAGCAGCACAUCUGGGGACACUCACCCGGACUCCCGAUACGCCAACAUCCCACCCGAAGGUUUGGACGGCUCCUAUAAGCCUCAGAAUAAAGUUGAGAACUCUUCUAAACCGUCUGCGCCUAGUUUCGCCACUUUCUCAGCCCCAACACAACCACAGCAGCAGCAGCACACUUACCAGCAGGCCAGCCAAGGGAGCGAGGAUGACUGGGAUGAUGACUGGGAUGACAGCUCCACUGUUGCAGAUGAGCCAGGGACUGUAGGAGGAAGGUAUCAAGACUUUGAAGGUAAUGGGCCAUCUACUUACAGAGUGUCAACAUCCUCAAUGGCAAGAGGUAAUGCACAGCAAGCAAAGAGCUCUGCCACGGUCAGUAGAAACCUGAACAGGUUUUCAACCUUUGUGAAGUCAGGAGGAGAGGCGUUUGUGCUCGGAGAGGCUUCGGGCUUUGUUAAGGAUGGGGAUAAGAUCUGUGUGGUGUUGGGUCAGUAUGGUCCUGAGUGGCAGGAAAACCCGUACCCAUUUGCUUGUACAAUUGACGACCCCACUAAACAGACCAAGUUCAAGGGCAUGAAAAGCUACAUCUCCUAUAAGCUGACCCCCACCCACACACAGAACCAGGUGAACAGGAGGUAUAAGCACUUUGACUGGCUGUAUGCUCGGCUGGUGGAGAAAUUCCCUGUCAUCUCAGUGCCACACAUCCCGGAGAAGCAGGCCACAGGGCGCUUUGAGGAAGACUUCAUCUCCAAGAGGAGGAAAGGCCUCAUAUGGUGGAUGAACCACAUGACCAGUCACCCUGUCCUGGCCAGGUGUGAUGUCUUCCAGCACUUCCUCACCUGCAGCAGUACAGACGAGAAGGCCUGGAAGCAGGGUAAGAGGAAGGCGGAGAAGGACGAGAUGGUUGGAGCCAACUUUUUCCUCACUAUCAGCCCCCCUGCGGCUCCGCUCGACUUUCAGGAGGUGGAGAGCAAAAUUGACGGAUUCAAGACUUUCACCAAAAGGAUGGACGACAGCGCCUUGCAGCUCAAUGCCACCGUCAAUGAGUUUGCCCGCAAGCAGAUCACUGGCUUUAAGAAGGAGUAUCAGAAAGUAGGGCUGUCAUUUAGGGUCCUCAGCCAAGCCUUUGAAAUGGACCAGCAGGCGUACUCUACUGGACUCAACCAGGCUAUCUCCUUCACCGGGGAGGCGUAUGAAGCCAUUGGAGAGUAUUUUGCGGAGCAGCCCAGAAAGGAUCUUGACCCGAUCAUGGACUUGUUAGCUCUAUACCAAGGACACCUGGCAAACUACCCAGACAUCAUCCACGUCCAGAAAGGAGCCUUGACAAAGGUGAAAGAGAGCCAGAAACAUGUAGAGGAGGGCAAGAUGGACCGGGCGCAGGCGGAAGGCAUCGACGAGCGCUGCAACAUUAUCUCCUGCGCCACGCUGGCUGAGAUCCAGCACUUCCACCAGAUCCGCGUGCGUGACUUCAAGGCACAGAUGCAGCACUACCUACAGCAGCAGAUUGCCUUCUUCCAAAAAAUCACAGGCAAAUUAGAGGAGACUCUGCAGAAGUAUGACAAUGCGUAAUUGACUGCCUGUCAGUUUAGUUCUUGGUGAUCACUGACACAUGCAACUCCCUCAACCAGCGGAGUUUUGGCAAAAAACAGCCCAUACUGGUGAAUACUGUUCAGCCAGCAGGGAGAGACAUUCAAGGAGAUGGCGCUCCAGUAAUAAUGACAUUUCAACCAAAUCCAGGUUUCUGUGUGUGUUGGCCACAUUUCUGGGGACUGGGUGUUCUUGUUUAGAGAGGAUGUGUAAUUUAAUGAAGUUAGGACAACUUGUGACACAAACAACAGUCUUUAGAUUUAAUGAGAAUCAAUAAUAAUGAUGGUGCACCACAUGAUCCGGUGGGUGGGUGUAUUAAUUCUAAUCAAUGUAAUGACUUGCAGAGAGAGAACCUUGUAUCUGCUGCUGCAUAAACACCCGGCACAGGACUUUUAUACACAGCAUAAAAUGUUUUUAGCCUUACAACACUGUUUUUAACGGAGUGCCACUCCAAGUGGCUAAAACACUGCCUUCUGGAAAGACUCAAGCCCUUCCUGCUAUCUGUCUCCUUGGACAAACAGGGCAAAAUGUUUACAGUCUCCUCGCUGAGCAGCCACUGUCAUCACUGUCCCGCUGUGCCUUCUGGUUACGUCUCUCUGGUCAUUUUUGUUAGUGGUUACUCCAAAGCUUUAUAUACUGUAUAUGCAGAAAUAUAUUUGUUUUAACAAAGCUACACAUUUUGUAGUCUUUGGAAAAAGAAAAGACAGAAAGAUCACUGUGCUUUGAAAGAGGGCAGUGUCUUACAUGGGAGAUUUUGUUUGAUUGUGCCAUUUUUUUCCCCCUCCCCAGUGGCCCCAAGGAUGGAUUUUUCAACAGUCACACAGUGUGACAAAAUCAGGAUCUAGAGAGGAUUACCUGCUUUGACAAUAGGAACAUAUGCCUUACACAGGGCACAGCCAGCACUGCACAAUUUAAGGGACGAGUGGGAUGGACACUUGCUUUGCCCGAUACCUGAAUUUUUGGUUGACAAAAUGCUGGUUUUCAGGCUUAGUUUUGGGGUAGUGUUAGGAGACAGGCUGUUAAUGGGUAGAGGGUUCCUCACCUAUUUUAAUAAUAAAGUCUUUUUCAUAGCACACAGUUCUAGACAGAUCACCUGUACUGCUGUUUAUAACCUUUAUGGUGUUGGUUUCAUCAUGAAGAGAUUAAUAUAGAAGCAGAAAUGCAAAAUAAAUUCCUCCUUCACAGAAA